AUGUCUAAAGCAGUCGGAAUUGAUUUAGGAACAACGUAUUCUUGCGUGGCCCACUUUGUCAACGACAGAGUCGAGAUCAUUGCCAAUGACCAAGGUAACAGAACCACGCCUUCGUUCGUGGCCUUCACCGAUACUGAGCGGUUGAUCGGUGAUGCUGCCAAGAACCAGGCGGCCAUGAACCCAGCCAACACAGUCUUUGAUGCCAAGAGACUGAUUGGUAGAAAGUUUGAUGAUCCAGAGGUGCAAACUGAUAUAAAGCAUUUCCCAUUCAAGGUCGUCGAGAAGAGUGGCAAGCCUCACAUUCAGGUCGAGUUCAAGGGUGAGACCAAGGUGUUCACGCCUGAGGAAAUCUCGUCCAUGGUGCUAACCAAGAUGAAAGAGACUGCAGAGUCGUACAUGGGUGGCAAGGUGACCGACGCCGUCAUCACAGUUCCUGCCUACUUCAACGAUUCGCAAAGACAGGCAACCAAGGAUGCCGGACUUAUUGCCGGUCUGAACGUGCUCAGAAUCAUCAACGAGCCAACCGCCGCUGCCAUCGCCUACGGUCUCGAUAAAAAAGAGCAAGGUAAGGGUGAGCAAAAUAUUUUGAUCUUCGACCUUGGAGGUGGUACGUUCGAUGUUUCGCUGUUGUCCAUUGACGAGGGUAUCUUUGAGGUCAAGGCCACGGCCGGUGAUACCCACUUGGGUGGUGAGGACUUCGAUAAUAGACUGGUCAACCACUUUGCCAACGAGUUCAAGAGAAAGUACAAGAAGGAUCUGACGAGCAACCAGAGGGCUCUGAGAAGAUUGAGAACCGCCUGCGAGAGAGCCAAGAGAACUCUUUCGUCCUCGGCCCAGACUUCUGUCGAGAUCGACUCGCUGUACGAGGGUAUUGACUUCUACACCUCGAUCACCAGAGCCAGAUUCGAGGAGCUGUGUCAGGACCUGUUCAGAUCCACUUUGGACCCUGUUGAGAAAGUCAUGAGAGACGCCAAGCUCGACAAGUCGCAGGUUGCCGAGAUUGUGCUGGUUGGUGGUUCCACCAGAAUCCCAAAGAUCCAGAAACUCGUUUCGGACUUCUUUAACGGCAAGGAGCCAAACAAGUCCAUCAACCCAGAUGAGGCCGUUGCCUACGGUGCAGCUGUCCAGGCCGCCAUUCUGACCGGUGACACCUCUUCGAAGACUCAAGACUUGCUUCUGUUGGAUGUUGCUCCUCUGUCUCUCGGAAUUGAGACCGCUGGAGGUGUCAUGACGAAGCUGAUCCCAAGAAACACCACCAUUCCAACCAAGAAGUCUGAGAUCUUCUCCACUUACUCGGACAACCAGCCAGGUGUGCUGAUCCAAGUGUACGAGGGUGAGAGAGCCAAGACCAAGGACAACAACUUGCUUGGUAAGUUCGAGCUUUCUGGCAUUCCACCAGCUCCAAGAGGUGUUCCUCAAAUUGAGGUCACCUUCGAUAUCGACGCCAACGGUAUUCUGAACGUGUCCGCUGUUGAGAAGGGUACCGGAAAGUCCCAGAAGAUCACCAUCACCAACGACAAAGGCAGACUGUCCAAGGAGGAGAUUGAUAGAAUGGUUGCUGAGGCCGAGAAGUUCAAAGAGGAGGACGAAAAGGAGGCUGCCAGAAUCGCUGCUAAGAACGGCUUGGAGUCUUAUGCUUACUCAUUGAAGCAAACUGCUUCCGAGAAGCAAUUCGAGGAGAAAGUGGACGCUUCCAAGAGAGAGUCUCUCAACAAGGCUAUCGAGGAGACGAUCUCGUGGCUCGACAACAACCAGUCCGCCACUACUGACGAGUACGACGACAAGCGUAAGGAGCUUGAAGGUAUUGCUAACGACGCACUGAAGGACUUGUACGCAGCCGGUGGUGCUCCGGGCGGCGCUGCUCCAGGCGGCUUCCCAGGUGCUGGCGGAGCCGCUCCGGGCGCUGACCAGGGUCCUUCCGUCGAAGAGGUGGACUGA